GUUUUCUUCCUAACUAAAAUUUCCAUUUCACUAUGAACUUGGAACAACAGCUAGCCGCUUUCUACCGACGUAAAGACAAACGUUUCGUCGAGAAACUGUGGGAUCUCGUCGAGAACAGCAGUCUGGACGACGUAAUUCGCUGGGGAAAGGAUGGUACCUACAUUGUCAUCCCCAACACAACCACAUUUGAAGAGCGCGUCCUCAAGGUCUACUUCAAAACCAAAGUCUAUUCUAGUUUUGUCCGUCAACUCCAUAUGUACGGUUUCCGCAAGAGAACUCAAGACGUCGAGUUGAUCACAGCGGGAGCUUGCAAUUUUGAGCACAAACUGUUCAUUCGAGGAAAGUUUGAUCAGUUGCUAAGAAUUCAGAGAACACAGCCGAAGAACAGAAAAGAGAGAGCUCUGGCUUUUAGCGCACUUCCAUUCAUGGGCAGAAGUCAACGCGUGUUUCAGAGACCAACGGGAACACUAGUGACCCAACCGGCCCACUGUUUGACCGCCAGAUUCAACUAUCAGGUCACUCCACCUGUCAGUCUACCAGAGAUACUGGCAACUCAAUUGUAUAAUCGACCGAACACGCAACCUGUGCCUCCAAGCAGACUUACAGCUUUGCCAGCAACUCAAGACGAGGACAACAAAGAGAACCGUCUGACCAAGUCUUCUAAGUUGCCACCACUUCUUGUGCUUGCUGAGAUCUGCUCUGCUAUUCUUACAAAAGGACACCCAGAGAACGAUGAACAACGUCGUCAGUGCAUUCAAGUUGCCAAUGAAAGCAUUCAACGGCAGUACAGACGAGAGCAGUUUCUGUACACGAGAAGAGCCAGUGUCAAGACUCCAGGAGUCAUCACAACUUCACUCAACAGCACCAUGUCGAUACCCUUUAUCCAUCGAGCAACACAAGUCAAACUGGCUCAGCUGAUGACCCACCCCUCAGAUAUCUAUCGACGACCUCAAGGCAAACAAAUUACACAAGACAGAGAAAAAACAACAACAGCACCCCAUAGCACACUACAACUAACUAAGAAACUGACUACUGCAGCAGCAGCAGCAGCACAAAGCUCCAGAUCAACACCAUUGCCAGAUGACAAUCAAGAAGACGAGAGUCCGCUGGUAAUAGACAUCGACUAGGAAACUUGCCCGACAUCAGUGUGGUUGCAUCUCAAAUUCAAGCCCAACCAAAUGCAACCAUUACAAAUACACUGAAACAGCUUCAAUCAGUGCAGAUAAUGUCGAACUAUUAAAUUCAACUAAUAAGUUAUAACCUAAUGUAGAGCUGGACUCAUUGUAUAUAGAGAAUUUUACUUAUUGAAACAUGUACU